CAUUAAAAAGAGAGAUUCCGUCACCCCUAUGUGAAGAGUAGUACAGUCCCAUGACCUUUGCACUAUGGCGGAAGCAGGUCUUAGAUACAAAGACAAAGUUGUCAUCGUUACCGGCGGCUCUAAAGGCAUCGGGGAGGGCGCCGUCAGGGUUUUCGUGAGAAAUGGAUCCAAGGUUGUUAUUUGUUCAAGAGGAGAGGAAGCAGGGAAGAAGUUGGAGGCAGAAAUGAACACAUCUGGACCAGGAGAAGCUUUCUUCAUCCCCUGUGAUGUCACUAAGGAACAGGACAUCAGGAAUGUGAUUGACAAGACAGUAGAGAAGUAUGGUAGGAUCGACUGUCUCAUCAACAAUGCAGGAUGGCAUCCACCUGAACAGACCAUAGACGACACGUCAGUGGAAGAUUUCAGGUCACUUCUCAACUUAAACCUGGUCAGCUACUUCAUAGCUUCCAAGUUUGCCCUCCCACAUCUCAGGAAGACGCAGGGAAACAUCAUCAACAUGUCCAGUCUGGUCGGAGUGAUCGGACAGACACAUGCGUGUGCUUAUGUCACCACUAAGGGUGGCAUCACAUCUUUUACCAGAGCUUUAGCUGUAGACGAGGCUAAGUAUGGGGUUCGGGUGAACACUAUUUCUCCAGGAAACAUCUGGACCCCUCUGUGGGAAGGUCUGUCUAAGGUCUCACAGAACCCCGAGGCUAUGGUUAAAGGUGGUGAAGAAGCACAGCUGUUGGGUAGAAUGGGGACUAUAGAAGAGGCAGGACAGAUGUGUUUGUUCCUGGCAGCAGAGGCAACAUUCUCAACAGGCACCGAUUUGCUUCUCUCUGGAGGUGCAGAGCUGAAUUAUGGCCGCAAGACUCGAAUGGUGGAGAAAACCAACAUCUACGAGUAACAUGUGGAUGGAUGGAGGUGAUACACAUGUGAAUAAGGAUGUGGUAGCCUGGAAGUUACUGGUUUAGUUCUCUUCAUCACAGUUUCUCAGAUUCACAGUGCACACUCUGUGGACACUGAAUUGUACUGACUACUGAGACUACAAGUGGUAAAAAUUGAUGUAUUGAAUGACAUUUCUUAACUUUGUAUUUACAGCUCUAAAACAUCAUAUAUGGAAUAUGACAAAACAGACAUUUGUACUGCUUAUGCUAUAAGGAAGACAGAGCAGAGGUACAUGUAGAUUACAGUGGGUAUAGAUUUUAUACCAGAAUUCCAGGUUAAAAAUUUGUGCAAUUUAUGAUUAGACAAAACACUGUGUAAUUAUCACAAAAGUGCCUUUUGCAAAUCAGUUAUGAUAUAUCAAUUGACAAUGAAAAACGUAUAUAGGAAUUUUUGUGUUUCAUUGGCUGUAUGUCUUAUUUCAAGAGGAAUCUCACUGAGUUUAAUAGAGGGAAAUUCAAUUUUAUUUGACUGUUCUGAUGUUGUAAAGAUGCUUAAAAAGUAGUUUGUAAUUUAAUUUUUUGUGGAAACCAAUUUAGAUAAAGUAUAGCAGUAAUGCAUUUGAGAGCCAAAAAUUGACUUAGUAAGCCAAAUUACAAGUUUUAAUCAAAGAGUGUCUCGAAAUAUGUUGUCAUGCAAAAAUGUCUAAAUCUUCCCUUAAGCUUCCUUCAUUUCAUCAACAUCUUUUUGUUGUGGGAAGGUAGAUUUUAACAAUGCAAGUUGUAGAUCAGAAUACCCAUAUUUUUUUAAUAAGAUGUCAUCUACUAUUAUGAUAAUGGGAUAAGUAACAGCAACAGUUGCAAUAUUUGAUGAAAGUGUGAUGAGAGCAUUUCAUUUCAUUGAUAUUUAUAGAACAAAACAAAUAAACC